GCAGCAGCAGCAACAGCAGCAGCGGCAGGCAGGCGGGCGGGCAGUGGGCAGUGGGGAGUGAGGCACACAGGGGAGGUGCGGGGCCAAGGUGCAGCUCGAAUGGGAUGGGGCUCCCAGCCACGGACAGAGGCAGUGCCCAACUUGAUACCACCCUCCAGCUUCUCCGGAUCGAAGAAGGGAUGGAUGCGGCCACAGCUCCAAAGCAAGCCUGGCCCCCAUGGUGCCCCCUUCUUUUCCUGCUGCUCCUGCCUGGAGGGAGUGGUGGCAGCUGUCCUGCUGUGUGCGACUGCACCUCCCAGCCCCGGGCAGUGCUCUGUGCCCACAGGCGACUGGAGGCUGUGCCCGGGGGACUCCCGCUGGACACUGAACUCCUGGACCUGAGUGGGAACCGCCUAUGGGGGCUUCAGCGGGGAAUGCUCUCCCGCCUGGGCCUGCUCCAGGAACUGGACCUCAGCUACAACCAGCUCUCCACCCUGGAGCCCGGGGCCUUCCAUGGCCUACAAAACCUACUCACCCUGAGGCUGCAGGGCAAUCGGCUCCGAAUCUUAGGGCCUGGCGUCUUCUCAGGCCUGUCGGCCCUCACACUGCUAGACCUCCGCCUUAACCAGAUUGUCCUCUUCCUAGAUGGAGCUUUUGGGGAGCUAGGCAGCCUCCAACAGCUGGAGGUUGGGGACAACCACCUGGUGUUUGUGGCCCCACGGGCCUUUGCAGGGCUGGCCAAGCUGAGCACCCUCACCCUGGAGCGCUGCAACCUCAGCACAGUGCCUGGUCUGGCCCUCACCCGGCUCCCAGCACUAGUGGCUCUAAGGCUUCGAGAACUGGAUAUUGGGAGGCUGCCGGCUGGGGCACUUCAAGGGCUGAGGCAGCUAACAGAGCUGGAGAUCCACCACUGGCCAUCUCUGGAGGCUCUGGACCCUGGGAGCCUGGUUGGGCUCAAUCUUAGCAGUCUGGCUAUAACCCGCUGCAAUCUGAGCUCAGUGCCCUUCCAAGCACUGCACCACCUGAGCUUCCUCAGGGUCCUAGAUCUAUCUCAGAACCCUAUCUCAGCCAUCCCAGCCCGAAGGCUCACCCCCUUGGUGCGGCUCCAGGAGCUCCGACUGUCAGGGGCCUGUCUCACCUCCAUUGCUGCCCACGCCUUCCAUGGCUUGACUGCCUUCCACCUCCUGGAUGUGGCAGAUAACGCCCUUCAGACACUAGAGGAAACAGCCUUCCCUUCUCCAGACAAACUGGUCACCCUGAGACUGUCUGGCAACCCCCUGACCUGUGACUGCCGCCUCCUCUGGCUGCUCCGGCUCCGCCGCCACCUGGACUUUGGCACAUCCCCCCCUGCCUGUGCAGGCCCCCAGCAUGUGCAGGGGAAAAACCUGAGGGAGUUUUCAGACAUCCUACCUCCAGGGCACUUCACUUGCAAACCAGCCCUGAUCCGAAAGUCUGGGCCUCGGUGGGUCAUUGCAGAGGAGGGGGGGCAUGCCAUUUUCUCCUGCUCUGGAGAUGGAGACCCAGCCCCCACUGUAUCCUGGAUGAGGCCUCAGGGGGCUUGGCUAGGAAGAGCUGGGAGAGUAAGGGUCCUAGGGGAUGGGACGCUGGAGAUCCGCUCAGUGCGGCUGCGGGACAGAGGGGCCUAUGUCUGUGUGGUCAGCAAUGUGGCUGGGAAUGACUCCCUGAGGACCUGGCUGGAAGUAAUCCAAGUUGAACCACCAAAUGGCACUCUCUCCAACUCCAACAUCACCACGCCAGGGAUCCCAGGGCCUUUCUUUCUGGAUAGCAGAGGUGUGGCUAUGGUGCUGGCAGUCGGCUUCCUUCCUUUCCUCACCUCUGUGACCCUCUGCUUUGGCUUGAUUGCCCUCUGGAGCAAGGGCAAGGGCCGGGUCAAACAUCACAUGACCUUUGAUUUUGUGGCACCUCGGCCGUCUGGGGAUAAGAACUCUGGGGGUAACCGGGUCACUGCCAAGCUCUUCUGAUCUUUCCUUCCACUCUGGGGACCUGGCCAAGUCAGUUUCAGAUACCAAAGAAGACAGAAACAAGGCCACUUGGACCAGAACCUAGUUCCAAGCAGCUCAGUUCUCCCACCUGCCUGCAUUGUGCCAGCAAUGCCUCCUGAUAAGAAUCUGCUUCUGCAAGCUUUUCCAGCCCGAGGGUAGCAUUGUAAUCUCUUCUCUGAGGGUCCCCGGGAACUGCCCAUAUGGACCCUGUAGUCAGCCCAGCCCUCUCUUCACCACUGCACCCUCCUCCCCACCCCACCCCUAUCCACCCAAAGCAGGAAACAUAACCAAGGCUCCAGUCUUCUAUGCUAACCAUUAAGCUUUCUUCACACACAUGUCCUAUAAUAACAAGUACCAAUUGCCGACAACAGCUAUGAGAUUAAUUCAGAGGUGGAUCUGGGAAGUGCCACUUGCUUCUUGGAGUCUCUUCUCCUCAACCAGGCAGUUUCUUUUUCUUUUCUGCUCCCCACUCCCACCACAGCCCCCGGGCACAAGGAACUAGAGCCUCAGACUAAGGAGAGGACCAGGAUGAGAGUGUGGGAUGGGUGAGAACAGGCUAUACACCGGCACUGUGUCUGCAUGAGCCUCCCUCACCUUCCUCUGUCUGUCAUUAAACCUGCUGCCAAGGGGCACAACAGGAGGAGCCAAAACUAAA